AGCAGAACCGUUUGUCAUGUCAAACACCCUCCGCCCUUACCUCUCAUGCGUCCGUGCUACGCUCACGGCGGCCAUGACGUUGGAGGACUUUGCUUCGCAGGUUGUUGAAAGGCAUAACAAGCCUGAAGUGGAAGUUGGAACCAGCCCGGAAGUCCUCCUCACGCCUCUGACCAUUUCGAGGAAUGAGAACGAGCGAGUUCUCAUCGAGCCAUCAAUCAACUCCAUCCGCCUCUCAAUCCGCAUCAAGCAAUCUGACGACAUCGAGCGCCAACUCUCCCACAAGUUCACCCGCUUCAUGACCCAACGAGCCGACUCAUUCGUCAUCCUUCGCCGCAAGCCAGUACCUGGAUACGACAUCUCGUUCCUCAUCACAAACGCACACGCAGAGACGAUGUUGAAGCACAAGCUUGUAGACUUCAUCAUCCAAUUCAUGGAGGAUGUGGACAAGGAGAUUAGCGAGAUGAAGUUGAGCUUGAAUGCGAGGGCGAGAAUUGUCGCAGAGAGCUAUCUGGGGACGUUUGCAUGAGCAAGCGGGCGCCGUCGCGCGAUGAGAAUGGUCACUCUUGUAUUCAUAACCGCGCGCGAUGAGAAUGGUCCACGCUUGUAUUCGUCAACGCACCUCUCAUCAUCCACCCCGCUUCUUCCCUCCAGCGCCAGCACCACCCCUCCCUCUUCCCCGACCCCGAC